AUGGAGAGCCACGGGGCAGCUCCCCGGUUCCUGGCCUACCCACGUGCCUUCACGGCACAAAGCGGCUCCGACGCCAUGCUGAGGUGCCAGAUUGCAGGUGACCCCCGGCCCAGCGUGCUCUGGGAGAAGGACACAGCCCCGAUCCAGCCUUCAGGCCGCUUCUGCAUGGAGGCCAAGGGGGAUGUGUACAGCCUACGGGUGUCCUGCGUCACCCCGCAGGAUGGCGGCCUCUAUGUUUGCAAGGCCAAGAACUGCAUUGGUGAGACUUAUGCUGCUGCCACGUUGCGAGUGGAGGCUGGUGAGCAACAGCAGGAGGAGGAGGAGGAAGGCCAUGCUGGCAGCCGAGCUCCCACCUUCCUGGUGGGGCCCUCAUCGGUGCGGGUGUGCCGUGGGGAGGACGUGACUUUCUCAUGCCGAGUCUUGGGGCAACCCUGCCCGCUGCUAGAGUGGGAGAAGGAUGGCUGCAAGCUGUGUGACCUCUUCGAGAGCAGCCACUUUGCAGUGGGCCGGCAGCCUGAGAACUGGCACUACCUCAAGCUGUUUGGAGUCCGACCCCCGGACGCAGGGGUCUACGUGUGCCGGGCACGCAGCGGCUCCAAGGAGGCCCUGGCUGCAGCUGUGCUCCUGGUGGAGCCCUGGUGCUCCCCUUCUGACAGCACCCAACCAUGGCAACAGCGACACGGGAGCACUGACACCUGGGCACCAGCACCCAACGGCACACCAAGAGCCAAGGCAUUCGCUGUCAGCGCGGGGAAGCACGCCAAGUUCCGCUGCUAUGUCACCGGCAAGCCCAAGCCGGAGAUCAUCUGGCAAAAGGAUGGCAAAGUCGUGGCCCCCGGCCGCCGGCACCUGGUCUACGAGGACCGCGAGGGCUACUUCAUCCUGAAGGUGCUGUACUGCCGACCCCGUGACCAGGGGCUGUAUGUUUGCACGGCCUCCAACACGGCUGGGCAGACAUUGAGUGCCGUGCAGCUGCAGGUGAAGGAGCACCGGCUGCGGUUCCAGGUGCCAUUGGAGGAUGUGGAGGUGGCAGAGCGGGAGGAUGCAGUCCUGGAGUGCCAGGUGCCACUGGGGAGCAUCCCCACCUCCUGGUUCCUGGAGGACCGGGAGCUGCAGCCCAGCCACAAGUACAUGAUGGAGGAGUGCGGCGUGGUGCGGCGUCUGACCAUCCGCGAUGCCCGCACCGACGACGACGGCGUCUACCUCUGCCAGAUGAAAGACCGGGGCCGCAGCGUUGCUGAGGUCUCCGUCCGAGGGCUGAUCGUGAAGAGGCUGCCACGGAAGCUGGAUGUGAUGGAAGGAGAGAAUGCGGCUUUCUGUGUGGAGACGCGGGAGGCCAUGGAGGGGAUCUGCUGGAGCCGCAAUGGGCUGCAGCUGCAAGAGUCACCACGCGCUGUGCUGAAGAGCUUCGGCAGGACACACCUCCUGGUGCUGGUGCACGUCACCCGUGAGGAUGCAGGCAUCAUCUGCUUCUCUGCUGGGGAGUCACUGACAUCCUCCCAGCUCCGUGUCAAGUGUGUGAAGCGUGACCCUCCCAGUGCACCUAUGGCAGCCCAGAUGAGCACGGAGCAGAGCAACGCAGCCCUCCUGACGUGGUGCCCUGCACCCGAUGUGCACCAUCACCCUCCCAGCACCUACAUUCUGGAGCGGCGUGAGGCGGCAGGCAGUAGCUGGGUGCAGUGCCUGAGCACUGAGCUGCCCGGCCGCGUGCAGGUGCUGGGCGACAGCGUGCCCCGCGAGGCUGACUACUGCUUCCGAGUCUGUGCCGUCAACAAGCAUGGCCGCAGUGACCCUGUGGAAUUCCCUGGCUGCGUGCAUCUCGUGCCAGCUGUGCGCCUGGAGAGGGGCCUGCAGGAUGCACGGGUGCGGGAUGGUGAGGAUGCACGCUUCUCUGUGGAGCUGUCGGCCUCGGUGCAGGGUGAGUGGUUCCUGAAUUGCACAAGGCUGCAAAGGGAGGAGAGCGGGCGCUUCAGUGUGCAGCACUGUGGGACGGAACACUCGCUGAUCAUCCGCUCAGCAAGGCUGAGAGAGAGUGGUACACAUGUCACCUUUGUGGCCAGCGGUCUGUCCCAUGCCAAGGCCCCAGUGCGCUGGUACAAGGAUGGGGAGGAGGUGGAGGAGGGUGAGAGCCUGGUGCUGGAGCGCGAGGGGCCGCGGUGCUGCCUGGUGCUGCCCUGCGCCUGCCCGCAGGAUGCAGGGGAGUUUGUCUGUGACACUGGUGACACUGCUGCCUCCUAUCACAUCAUGGUCGCAGAGCCACGAGUGAGGAUUUUGCACCCUGUGCAGCGCUCGCUGGAGCUGCCAGUGCUGGCGCCGGGGCAUGUGGAGCUGCGCUGUGAGCUGUCUGUGCCUGAUGCUGCUGUGCGCUGGUUCAAGGAUGGGCUGGAGGUGGAUGAGACCAACAACCUGCGGCUGCUGGCUGAUGGUGCCUGGCGCUGCCUGCUCAUCCCCAGGAGCAGUGCUGAGGACACAGGGGAGUACAUCUGUGAGAGCAAGGAUGAAGCUGUCUCAUUCGAUGUCAAGGUGACAGAGCCCCCAGUGAAGAUCCUGCAGCCACAGAGACCUCCACCUGUUGUAAAGGUGUCCCCAGGGGAGACGGUGAUGCUGUCCUGUGAGUUGUCCCGUGCUGAUGCACCUGUGUGCUGGGCCAGGGAGGGUGUCCAGCUGGAGGCGGGGGGCAGCUGGGUGCUGGAGGAGGAUGGUGCCCACCGUCGCUUGCUCAUCCCUGCUGCUCAAGCUGAGCAUGCUGGAAAAUACUUCUGCGAUGCAGCUGAUGAUGCGGUGACAUUCACUGUCCAGGUGUCAGACCCUCCAAUCAGGAUCCUGGAGAAAGAUGCACUGCCAACCUGCCGACGCUGCCGGGCCAUGGAGGAUCUGGUGCUGGAGGUGCAGCUGUCACACGCCCAUGGGGAGGUGAAGUGGUACAAGGACGGGGAGAAGCUGCAGGACACGGGGCAUGUGCGGCUGGAGGAGGAUGGGCAGCGCCGGGCACUUGUCAUCCUGGGUGCCACAGAUGGGGAUGCGGGGGAGUACCUCUGUGACACCCGAGAUGACAGUGUCAUCUUCUGCGUCACCGUGGAAGCCCCAGAGCCACCAGUGAGCAUCGUGGGGAACCUGGGCACCACAGAGCAUCGCUGCCUGGUGGCUGGGCAGGACCUGGUGCUGGCCUGUGAGCUGUCCCAGCCCAAUGCUGCCGUGCGCUGGCUGCGGGAUGGCCAGGAGCUGCAGCCAGGGGAGCGGGUGUGCAUUGUGGCCCAUGGGGCACUGCGGGAGCUCACUGUGCACAGAGCACAGCCCGGGGACUCAGGGUACUACGUCUGUGAUGCUGCCAGCGACCGCAUGGUGACGAGCGUGGAGGUGACAGCCCAGGCUGUGCGAAUUGUGAACAAGGAGGAAGCACAGAGCCCACUGGAGGUGCAGGAGGGAGACAGUGUGACACUGGUGGCCCAGCUGUCCCCAGAGACUGCGGUAACACAGUGGCAGAAGGAUGGGCAGAUGCUGCUCUCAGGUGGGCGGCUGCUGGUGUGCAGUGAGGGUCCAGCACGCAGCCUUACCAUCAAGCAGGUGGAACUGGGGGAUGCCGGCACCUUUCUUUGCGAUGCUGGGGAUGACGAGGUGUACUUCACACUGCAUGUGAAAGAGGCACCGGUGCUGUUUGUGAACAAGCAGGAGGAGCGGGAGAAGCUGCUGGUGCUGGAGGGUGGUAGUGCCGUGCUCUCAGCUGUCGUGUCCAAGGAGCGAGCUGACAUCACCUGGCUGUGCCCCCAGCAGCUCAUGGUACCCAGUGAGCGCUGCCAGUUGCGUUGUGAUGGCCGUGUGCACAGCCUGGUCCUCAGCAAUGUGGCCAAGGAGGAUGCUGGAGUCUACACCUGCCUGUCCCCUGAUGACCAGAUGCAGUUCGACAUCAGCGUGCGGGGUGAGCGCUGGUGGCAGGGGGAUGCACAGCACGGUGCUGGGGGUAUGUGCAUGCUGAUGGCUGUCUGUGCAGAGCUGCAGGUGAAGUUCCUGCGUGGGCUCUCGGAUGUGCGGGCACAGCAGGGUGAGACAGUGGUGUUGUGGUGCGAGUUGUGCAAGGCCCGUGGCGAUGUGGUGUGGCUGAAGGAUGGGCGGGUGCUGGAGCCUGAUGCACGCCGCGAGGUCCGGGUGCAGGGCCGGGAGCGCUCACUGGUGCUGAGCUGUGUGAGGCCUGAGGACGCUGGGGAGUACUGCUGUGAGUCCAACAAUGACCGCACGCUGGCCACGCUGACAGUGCAGGUGCGCAGAGUGGUGGAGAUCAUUGUGGAGCUGCAGAGCCUGAUGGUGCUGGAGGGAGACGAUGCCACCUUCAAGUGCAUGGUGUCCCCCGAGGACGUGGCGGUGACAUGGCAGCUGGAUGGGCAGCCAGUUGUGCCCAGUGAGCGGCUGCAGGUGGCCAGGAGUGGGCUGUGCCAUAGCCUCACCAUGCGGGGCUGCCAGCCAGGCGAUGCAGCCACUGUGACAGCCAAUGCUGAGGGGCUGCUGAGCACAGCCCGGCUCAGUGUGCAAGAGGCGCAGGUGCUGUUCGUGCAGAAGCUGCGGGACAUGGUGGCCGAGGAGCAGCAGGAUGUGUGCCUGGAGGUGGAGGUGAGCCAUGAAGCAGCUGAGGUGCAGUGGCUGAAGCAAGGUGUGCUCCUGCAGCCCAGUGACAAGUACCUGAUGUGUGAGUCGGGGUGCCGGCGCACCCUCACCAUCUGCUGUGUCAGCCCCUCUGACCGUGGCACCUACCGCUGCGAGAGCCUGCACGACCGCACACAGGCCAAACUCAGUGUGGAACCCCAGAAAGUGUCAAUCCGGAGGCCACUGGCUGAUGUGGAGACCUUUGAGAAGCAGACAGCCACCUUCCUGCUGGAGCUGUCUCACGCCGGUGUGCCUGGGGUCUGGACACGUGGUGGUGUGCUGGUGAAGCCCAGUGCCACAUGCCGGGUCAGUGCCACGGGCUGUACACACAGCCUGACACUGGAGGGGCUGGCACUGGAGGACUCAGGCACCAUCACCUUCACUGCUGACAAUCUGCGCUGCAGCGCCCGCCUGCUCGUGCGGGAGCCUCCCAUCAGCAUGGUGAAGCUCCUGCAGGACCUGGAGGUUCCAGAGGCAGGGACUGCCACCUUCGAAUGCGAGCUGUCCCGUCCCAGCGCUGAGGUGAAGUGGCUCAAGGAUGGAAUGGAGCUGCGGCCAGGCCCCCACUGCCGCAUGUACUCUGCGGGUCGGCGCCGCCUCCUGCAGCUCAACCGCUGUGCACUGCCUGAUGCCGGCAUCUACACCUGUGAGGCAGGUGACUGCCAGGCCUCCGCCACACUGCGUGUCCAUGAGCACCAGGUCCACAUAAUGCAGGAGCUGCAAGAUGCUUGUGUGCAGGAAGGUGACAAUGCCGUGUUCAUGUGUGAGGUGUCCCAUGGUGAUGUUCUGGGUGAGUGGUUCCGUGAUGGGGAGAAGAUCAAGGUGUCCAGCACGGUGAAGAUACGGCAAGAAGGCACACGGCACUUCCUGCUGCUCUGCACCGUGUGCCCUGAAGAUGCGGGUGCCAUCCGUUUUGCGGCCAGGAUGGCUAAUUCAGAGGCCAGCCUGAAGGUGGAAGUGCUGCCCAUCCGCAUUGUGAAGCCACUGCGGGACAAGACGGUGCUGGCGCGGCACAAGGCGACGCUGGAGUGCAUGGUGUCACACGCCCGGGGCCGCGUGCGCUGGCUGCGUGGAGACACCGAGAUCUUUGCCAGUGAUAAGUAUGAGAUCUGCAACCUGGACUGCUAUCGCACACUCAUCAUCCACUGUGUGGGACGUGAGGACGAGGACUCGUACACCUGCGAUGCCUUCGAUGACCGCUCCACCGCACGGCUCCUGGUGGAAGGGAGUUAG